CGCGGCGUCGCGAGCAUGGCGGAGAAGCGGGGCCGCGACCCGGAGCCUGGGCCCAGCCCGUCGGUGCUGUUUCUGCACCCGGACCUGGGCGUGGGCGGCGCCGAGCGGCUGGUGCUGGACGCGGCGCUGGCGCUGCAGGCGCGCGGGUGCAGCGUGAAGCUCUGGACGGCGCACUACGACCCCGGCCACUGCUUCGCGGACAGCCGCGGGCUGCAGGUGCGCUGCGCCGGGGACUGGCUCCCGCGCAGCCUGGGCUGGGGCGGCCGCGGCGCCGCGGUGUGCGCCUACGUGCGCAUGGUCUUCCUGGCGCUCUACGUGCUGUUCCUCGGCGACGAGGAGUUCGACGUGGUCGUGUGCGACCAGGUGUCUGCCUGCAUCCCAGUGCUCAAGCUGGCCAGACGGCGCAAGAAGAUCCUGUUUUAUUGUCACUUCCCAGAUCUGCUUCUCACCAGGAGAGAUUCUUUUCUGAAACGCCUAUACAGGGCCCCGAUUGACUGGAUAGAGGAAUACACCACAGGCAUGGCCGACUGCAUCUUGGUCAACAGCCGGUUUACCGCUGCCAUUUUUAAGGAAACAUUCAAGUCGCUGUCUCACAUAGAACCCGAUGUCCUCUACCCAUCUCUCAAUGUCACCAGCUUUGACUCCACUGCUCCCGAAAAGCUCGAUGACCUCGUCCCCGAGGGGAAGAAGUUCCUGUUCCUCUCCAUCAACAGAUACGAAAGGAAGAAAAAUCUGACUUUGGCACUGGAAGCCCUAGUAAAACUGCGUGGGAGAUUGACAUCCCAAGAUUGGGACAAGGUCCAUCUAAUCAUGGCAGGUGGCUAUGAUGAAAGAGUCUUGGAGAAUGUGGACCACUAUCAGGAAUUGAAGAAAAUGGUCCAACAGUCUGACCUUGCACAGUGUGUGACCUUCCUGCGGUCUUUCUCAGACAAACAGAAAAUCUCACUCCUCCACGGCUGUACCUGUGUGCUUUACACACCAAGCCAUGAACACUUUGGCAUCGUCCCUUUGGAAGCCAUGUACAUGCAGUGCCCGGUCAUCGCUGUUAAUUCGGGUGGGCCCUUGGAGUCCAUCACCCAUGGUGUCACAGGGUUUCUGUGCGAGCCUGACCCAGUGCACUUCUCAGAAGCAAUGGAAAAGUUCAUCCAUGAACCUUCUUUAAAAGCCACAAUGGGACUGGCUGGGAGAGCCAGGGUGAAAGCAAAGUUUUCCUCGGAAGCCUUUACAGAACAGCUCUACCAGUAUGUCACCAAACUGCUGGUAUAAUCAGACUUUUUUUUAAAGGAAUUUGUGCUGUAUUCGUUAGUAUCAUUUUUUGUAGAUUGCAGACUCAUUUCUGAGACCUAAAAAGAAACCUAGAGUCCAUUGUGGAAGCAAUUAAAAGAAAAAUACAAUUGAAUCUUGAAUCUGAGCCACUUUCCUAUGCACCACACCUUCCCAUCUACUUUUUCAGAAAAACAAAAUCCUGUUUAUCCUUUAAUUAUUUCAUGUCUUACCAGUGUUAAUAUAUAAAAAUGAUGCAAUUCCAUAUUCACCAGAAUCUUUCAAUUCUGUUUUUUCUAGGCUAUUGUUGCUUUGCCUACAAAUUUUGAGUCCUCGUGUGCCUUACUUGGUUUUGAUAGUUUUAAGUGUAUUAUCAUUAAAGUUGAUUAAUUUGGGUUCAUCACAUAAUGAGAACAGGGUCACUGUAGUUCGCAAAAUCAAUGCACCUAAGCAUUCACUAUCCUCUGUUAGGAAAUUUUUAUUAGUCAUACCUUUGCCUGGAUCCAUAGAAGAAUGUUCUGUACUUCUUCACAAAGAUGAUUUAUUAUAUUUUUGCACAAUGAGAUGUGACAAUAAAAGAUGUUUAUCUUAGGAAAAGAAAA